AUGGCCUCAAGAAUGAGCUGCUGGGAUGAUGGGAACAGAGAGGAGAACUUCUGCUACUUCAGCCAAGGGAGAUCCUGGUACGCUGGGAGAUGGUGGGGGAGGGCUUCUCAUUCAGAGACAGGAAAUCACUUGGGGGAGAGGUGGGAGCCAUUUGCCUCUUUCAAGAUUAACGGAGAGCAUGUUCUGGAUAGGGAUGGGCCAAGCUCCUCCCCCCUCCCACCCUCUCCAUCCCAGGUGCUGGCCCCCAGGCCCACCUGGUGGGCAGCUGACUCCAUAAAAUACCCCAAGGAGCAGGAGGUGGCCGUCAGGAGGAGCAGGAGAAUGAGCGCUGAGCAUGGACAACAGCAGCAGUCUGGGGGCCGAAGGGGCCGUAGUUCUGGUGAAAAGAAGUCCAGAAGGCGUAGCCGGCGCAAGGAAACCUACUCGAUGUAUAUCUACAAGGUGCUAAAGCAGGUGCACCCAGACAUCGGCAUCUCUUCCAAGGCCAUGAGCAUCAUGAACUCGUUUGUGAAUGAUGUGUUUGAACGGCUGGCUGGCGAGGCUGCCCGGCUGGCCCAGUACUCGGGCCGAACCACACUGACAUCCCGGGAAGUCCAGACGGCAGUGCGUCUGCUGCUGCCUGGGGAGCUGGCCAAGCACGCCGUAUCCGAGGGCACCAAGGCCGUCACCAAGUACACCAGCUCCAAGUGACCCAGGGCCAAACAUUAAUAAAGAGUGAACUGCUCC